CGUGAAUUUGUCAGAGUGAUCGGAAGAGGAAAAUAGAAGAUAGAAGAAGAAGAAGAAGAAGAAGAAGAAGAAGAAGAAGAAGAAGAAAAACGAACAACGGGGUUUCUUGACCUGGUGUGUUAGUCCGUGAUCAGGUCUUCUGAGCGAAGAGAAGAUCUGAGGCUCAAUUGAAGAAAUAUGAGCGCUUCUAGAUUCAUAAAGUGCGUCACAGUCGGUGAUGGCGCUGUCGGGAAGACCUGUCUCUUGAUUUCCUACACCAGUAACACCUUCCCCACGGAUUACGUCCCAACUGUAUUUGAUAAUUUCAGUGCCAAUGUCGUUGUCAAUGGUGCCACUGUGAAUCUUGGCUUGUGGGAUACUGCUGGACAGGAGGAUUACAACAGAUUAAGACCAUUGAGUUAUCGUGGGGCUGAUGUUUUCAUUUUGGCAUUUUCCCUCAUCAGCAAAGCCAGCUAUGAAAAUGUUUCCAAAAAGUGGAUUCCAGAGUUGAAGCAUUAUGCCCCUGGUGUCCCGAUUGUUCUUGUUGGGACAAAACUCGAUCUUCGGGAUGAUAAGCAGUUCUUCGUAGACCACCCUGGUGCAACCCCCAUAACUAAUGCUCAGGGAGAAGAGCUAAAGAAGACAAUUGGAGCACCUGAAUAUAUUGAAUGUAGUUCAAAAACACAGGAGAAUGUGAAGGGAGUUUUUGAUGCUGCGAUAAAAGUCGUUCUUGCCCCUCCAAAGUCAAAGAAAAAGAAGAAAGCGGGUCAAAAGGCUUGCUCUAUAUUAUGAUUGGAUGUGAGGUCAAUGGAGAGAAGACCUAGCUAUGUUUUUUUUUUUUUUUUUUUUUUACCUUUUUG